AUGAUUAACAAUCUGAUAUGCAGGAAUCUAAUACGCAGGGCUCUAUUUAAGAAUGUUGAAGUGUUAACUGGAUUCAGAGCAUCUCGUGGAAUCAAAACGGCUGGAAAGCCAUCACAGAAAGACGACAGAGUGAUAAAUCGGGUCGCUGGCACAAAUUUUGUCAAGUCAUCAUCGAUUAUGCGGUCCCCUACUCCUCAGCAGUCUCCAGUUUCCUCUUGUGCCUCUUGUGGAGUUGAAUUGCAAUUAUCAGACUCUUCUGCUCCCGGUUAUUAUCGUCCACCUCAUAUAAAAUCAACUACCUUCAAGAAAGAUACUGAUAACCCACUAGUACUGGCAAGGGAAAAAAUCCUGGUAGAGAAGUUUCAAAAGCUUGACGAUGGUCUUGAACUGAAACCAGUGGAUAAAAAGCUCCGUGAUUGCAGAUUGAUGUGCCACAAAUGUUUGGAUACUUUUUAUAGAUCUGAUUUCAGUCUCGAUAAACAGAGUUUCGUCUCUGUGGAUCAAGUGAUGGCCGAGAUUCCUAAAGAAGCCAAUGUGGUUCAUGUUAUUUCUGCAUUGGAUUUCCCUCUCAGUGUCAGCAAGACCGUUUCCAAAGGGAGAGACAUGCAGAAAGUUUGGUACAUAGUUACUAAGGCCGAUGCUUUUUUUGCUGCUAAAACAGGACUUGAAAGAACUGGAUUGCAUUAUUUUGGAGACACGCUAGCUCAAUUGGUUGGCGUUGACCCAUCUCAUGUAUUUCUUGUAUCAGGAAAGUUGGGCUGGAAUACUGAGGAUAUUCUUCAUAAACUUCCGGCUUCUGAAGUAUACUUUGUAGGAGCCAUCAAUUCUGGUAAAAGUACCCUUAUAAGGACACUUAUUUAUCGAGAUAAUAAAAACCUCAGAUCUUUCGAUCAAUACGGUCCAGGUAUCUCUGAAAUCCCGGGAUUCACUGCAAACCAUAUUAGAUUUAGAAUGAAGCAGUCCAAUGCUAUUCUUGUGGAUACCCCAGGUUUCUCUCCUGCCGAUAGGGGAGUAUAUCGAUAUUUGUUAAAAGAUGACGUGAAGUCUGUUGCUAAGGUGGCAGAUUAUGCGUCGGCCACUAUCAAAGGUCAUUCUCUUCAUAGUCCGAUGGUUAAGGGUCGUAAGAUUUUUAGUGGAGAAUCUUUGUACUCGGUUGGAGGACUAUUUUAUUUGAAGCCUCCCAAGGACUCCAUCAUUAAGGUGUUUACAGGAUUACCUGGUGUGGAGGCCAAAUACAAAGAUGUUUCAAGGGCUCUGGAACUCAGUGAAAUGAGACCUGUGGCUAUUGGUCAUCGGUUUUUGGUGAAUUCUUCUGCUGCUCUGAAUUUGGUUCGCUACGUCAUUCCUCCAUUUUAUGGAUCUAUAGACUUGGUUUUCCGUAACGUUGGAUAUUUGACUGUGGCUUUAUGUGGGUCAAUCGACAAUUCAAAGCUAUUUGAGAUCUACGUUCCUAAGGAAAUCGAAGUUAUAGCGAGAGAAUCCAUUUUCAACUACAUCUACAAGACUAAAAGUGCAAAGGACGAGACAGGCAAUCUUUUAGCUCGGAAAAAUGUAGCAAAGCGUGGGAAAAUCAUUCUUAGGCACAUUCCUAAAAACAAGUUGAUCUUUACUAAGCUCUACAAGGUUCCGGUGGAUGCUUCAACAGAACAGGCAGUGGAAGCUGUGGUUCCUGAGACUAUAUUCACCGGAGAACAGCAUAAAUGUUGCAGUCAAGCAGAGUUUCCCAAUACGUUUUGGAGACUUCCAGAUUUGGUGUGA